ACUUAUUGUAAAUUUGCAAGAUGGCGAGCGAGAUGACAAAACGAAGUCGACGAGAACUUCAAGAGGAGAUUAAAAACCAAGGAGAAAUAGUUAGGAGUUUGAAGCUGGAAGAAAAGACCGAAGAAGUUAAGCAAAAGACUGAGCGAUGAACUAUUGGAAUGUUUGUAUGGUCGUCCGUUCUCAGUUUCUAAGGCUAAGGAGUCGCAAGUGGCACAUGAGGUAUUCGUCACAUUUUGAGAUAAAAGAUGAGGUCGCCAAACUGCUCGCUUUGAAAAGUGAAUUACAAGAUGAUGGACCCCAAAAGUUCGUUCUAAAGACAGCCAAGGGGACAAGGGACGUCAGUCCAUGGCAAAUGGCAAUAAGGGAAAAUAUUUUCGAUGUUAUAACGAAAUGCUUUCAAAGACAUGGCGCUGAAAACAUCGAUACUCCUGUAUUCGAAUUGAAGGAAACGUUAACUGGAAAAUAUGGAGAAGAUUCCAAACUGAUAUAUGACUUGGCUGAUCAAGGUGGAGAACUGCUUUCAUUGAGAUAUGACUUAACCGUACCUUUUGCAAGAUACGUUGCCAUGAAUAAAAUCGACAAAAUCAAGCGAUAUCACAUUGCUAAAGUGUAUCGAAGGGACAAUCCAGCGAUGACGAGAGGAAGAUUCAGGGAAUUCUACCAAUGUGAUAUAGAUAUUGCUGGCGAAUAUGAUCCAAUGAUAGCUGACGCAGAAUGUUUAAAAAUCGUUUCGGAAAUAUUAAGCAAUUUGAAACUUGGGAACUUUUUGAUAAAGGUAAAUCACAGAAGGAUACUUGAUGGAAUGUUUGAAGUUUGUGGUGUUCCUGCUGAGAAAUUCCGAACAAUUUCGUCUGCUGUUGAUAAACUUGACAAGACACCUUGGCAAGAGGUACGAACGGAGAUGAUCGACGAAAAAGGACUGGAUCCUAGUGUUGCCGAUGCCAUCGGUGUUUAUGUGCAACACCAUGGUGGUAUUGAAGUUCUUAGCAAGAUAGAAAGUGAUGAAAAGCUAGGAAACAACAAGAACGGAAAGACAGGCAUAGAAGAUAUGAAACUUUUGCUGCAAUAUUGCCAGCUUUUUGGUAUAAUUGACAAGAUCUCCUUCGACAUGAGCUUAGCUCGAGGUCUUGAUUAUUAUACUGGAGUUAUUUAUGAAGCGAUUCUCCUUCAGCAACCAGAAAGCGUGAUGAAAAAUGAAAAAGGCGAGUCAAUCGGCGUCGGCUCCAUUGCCGGUGGCGGAAGAUAUGACGAUUUGGUCGGGAUGUUUGCGGCUAAGGGACGUAAGGUGCCAUGUGUUGGUGUCAGUAUAGGAAUAGAACGUAUUUUUGCCAUUCUGGAAGCAAGAGUGAAGGUUGCUGGUGACAAACAAAGAACCACAAAGACGGUCGUAUUAGUUGCAUCCGGGCAGAAGAACUUUUUAGAAGAACGAAUGAAAUUAGUUGCGGAACUUUGGCAGGCCGGAAUUGCGGCGGAACUGCUUUACAAAAAGAAUCCUAAAAUGCUGAGUCAAUUUCAAUAUUGCGAGGAAAAUGGAAUUCCGUUUUGUGCAGUGAUAGGUGAUAGUGAAUUGAAAGAUGGAGUUGUUACGCUCAGAGAUAUGAAAUCAAGAAAGGAGGUUAAAGUGCCAAGAGAUGAUCUUCGACUUCAUCUGGCACAAUGAAUCACCAAUCGCAAUGAUGUAAAGCUGUAAGAAUUUCUUUUCAAUUUAUUCAUAAGGUAAUGAAAUUAUCACGUUCAGUUGUCGAGAUAUGUGUCGCGAUCUUCUUCAAAAACACGCAUCAAAAUUGCUGUCUGAUCUUGCGGAAAGAACAUGCCUUGCGCACAUUAUGAUGCUUGUCUUUAUUCAUAGAAAUCUAUAUUUCUAUACUUUCAUGCCUGUUAAUUAAUUCAACUGCGUAUUAGCUAUAAUAAACUCCAUCACCAGACUUGGGAGUUAACAAUAGUUCAAAAAAUUGUUCACUCUUGGUCCAUGAUGACCAGGGCGCAAUGAAACAUUAUUCGGCUUGAUGUUUUUACGCCCUGAUGUGGACCAUGGUGUCAAACACCGUAUAUAUUUAAAGUAAACAACUCGUAUAAUCGAGUUUAGACAUUUUUACAAUCAUACAUAUGUUCUUUUAUUGUUAUAAAAUGUGAAUGCCGUCACGUGA